AUGGACUUUGUUAGUGGAUUACCUCUCACACCCCCUAAAUCAGAUUCUGUAUGGAUCGUGGAUCGAUUGACCAAGUCCACCCAUUUCAUACCAGUUUGUACUUACUACUCGCUGCAAAAGCUUGCUAAACUGUACGUGUCUGAGAUAGUGAGAUUGCAUGGGACAGAGUUGGGUGAAAGACGUGUUCUGGGUCUUGAGUUGGUUUCUGAGACUGAAGAUAAGGUCAGGUUGAUUCGAGAUCGACUGAAAGCGGCAUCGGAUAGACAAAAAUCUUAUGCAGAUCUGAAGAGACUUGAGAUGGAGUAUUCUAUGGGGGACUUUGUAUUUCACAAGUUACCUCUAGAGCUAGACCGUAUUCAUGAUGUAUUUCACGUCUCGAUGUUGAGGCUCUACUGCUCUGAUUCCACGCAUAUUGUUCCCGUUGAGGAGAUUGAGGUUAGGCCAGAUCUGACCUUCGAGGAAGAGAUGGUUCAGAUUCUGGAUCACGACAUUAAGGUUCUGAGGAGGAAGUCCAUUCCAUUAGUGAAGGAGCUGUGGCAGAAUCGUAGCACUGAAGAGGCCACAUAG